AUGAUUGAUUCAAAAUUUGAUAAUAUAAAAUUAAAAAAUAUUAAUUUCUAUCCAUCUUUAAAUCAUCAAACAUUAUCAUCAGUAACAAUAAAUAUUUUAUAUAAACCACAAGUACAAGUUACAAUUGAUAGUGAUAAUGAUACUUUAAAACAAGGUGAUGAAGUUAGACUUAUAUGUAAUGUUAAUUCAAAACCAGAACAUAGUGGUAAAUAUACAUGGUAUCAUAAUAAUGGACUUCUUAAAAAAGCAACAAAAAAAGUUUUAUAUAUUGAACAUCUAAUACCAGAUGAUCAUAAUUCACGUUUUACAUGUCGUGUAAAUAAUGCAUUAGGAUCUGGUUCUAAUAAAAUAUUAUUAAAUGUUAAAUAUGAGCCUAAAUUUAUAAGUUCAUCACAAGUAAAAAUUGUUAAUCAAAAUGAAAUGGCAGAAUUUUAUUGUGAAACACAUGGUAAUCCAAAACAUAGAAUAUAUUGGAGAAAAUCUGGUGAUGAACAAAUAAUACAUGAAGGUUCAAAUUUUACAAUUAAAAAUGUAAAAAAGUGGCAAACAGUACGUGCAAAUGAUACAGUAUUUGUUAAUCAUGAAUCAAUUGCAACAUUAUCAUGUGAAUUUCAUGGAUAUCCAAAACCUGGUGAUAUUAUAUGGACAUUUAAUGGUGAAAAUAUUAUCACUAAUAGACCAAGUAAAAGGUUUAAUGUUAUUCAAAUUGAUAAAAAUUAUGGUGUUGAUAGUAAAUUAAUUAUUUAUAAUCUUGAAAGUAAAGAUUCAGGCAAUUAUAAUUGUACUGCUUUAACAAUAUAUACAACUGUAACAACAACUAUAUCAUUACAUUCAUAUACUUUUAUUUAUCAAGUAACAUUUAUUACAACAGAUAUAAAUUUAAGUUAUGCUACAACUAUUCUUAGAUAUGAUGGUAUUAAUACAAGAACAUUUUGUAGUAAUGAUAAAAGUCAUUUAUGA